AUGCCCAUAAGAAAACGGAAAAUCUGUCAGGCCAUAGCCAAUCUGGGGGAUUGGGUCCCCAGAAAACGGCAGAAACAAUCCAGUCCUUGCAGGGAUGCUAGUACCAGUCCUCCGAGUCGCCCAGAGACACCUCCGACUUAUGGAGAGCCUGUUCUGCAGGAUCCCAAUACCACACCCAUGACACACCGAGUCUAUACAACAUUUGGAAGGGCGCGAGAACGACUCCAUGACCUCGCAGCAAGCUUGGCUUCACUACUGGACGAGAUAACGAGGCCUACAUGGCAACAGACCCGUCAACAAACACCUACACCUACCAACCCUGAGAAAGACUCCAAUACUCACAUGGAUGUCGACUCGAAUGCUGAGCCAUCGAGCUCUAGAUCACCUGCCGACUCGGAACUGCCAUACCACGGUCGCCCAACAGCGAGUCCAACUCCAAGUCGCCAAGUCACAAUUGAAGAUGUUCCCGAUGUGGACGACAUCUGUCAACCGGGAUCAAGCUCGGAGGGCUCGCAAAGCAAUGCGGAGACUCAUGGGAAAUUCGUUUCUGCACCAAGCACUGCCAAAGCUGAGGCUGCUUGGCAGGAUAUCUGCAACCUUCUCCGGCCGCGACGGAAGUCGGGGAAGGGCUUCAAGCACUUCAGUGGAGACAAACACCUGCAGAUGAUGCGCGCAACAUUGCAAAAUUACACAGAUCCGAUUGAGCCAAUGAGUUGGAAGAAGGCAUCAAUUGAGGCUGUCCGAGCCCUUGAUGGUGGAUCUGGCACUGCCGAGUCUGUCAGACGGUGGUGCCAGGCCUACAUCGCAGAUCGGAAUGACCUGCCACACAACCUGUAUGGGAUGUGGAAUGAAUCCAUCCUAACAGAUGAUGAGCUGGUCAGCGAGAUUCAUCUCCACUUGCAGGGGACUGGAAAACAGUGCAAGGCAGCAGACAUCAUCCAGUUCUUCCAGACCCCCGAGGUCCAGGAGAAAUAUGAACUUGAUGGCUAUGCACCCUCCCUCACCACCGCACAACGUUGGAUGCACAAGAUGGAUUACUGCUGGAGUGUAGGUCCACGGGGGCAGUAUAUCGACGGGCACAAGCGAGAGGAUGUGGUCACAUACCGACAAAAUGUGUUCCUCCCGGCACUCGCUGACAUCGAGGAUCGCCUCCAGACGUACGACGCAAAUGGCGACCCAAUUCCUUACUCAGACAAUGCUCUAUCUGCCCGCAAGAUGCCGAAGGGACCGAGUCCGUCACAGCCGUGUGCCCAGCGAUUCGGUGUUGAUAUCAAGGUUAAGGAUGGUGACGGGAAGCUCGUACAUGGCACGGAUGGCAAGCCUCUGAAGCAUCACAUCAAAAUGGGUGAUGCAAAGUUUGCGGAUGGGUCAAUGCAGCACCUGUAUUAUCCUGACACCUUCCCCGAGCAUCCCGAGCUAGCGGGGAAGUUCAAGGGCAUGGCACAGCUCUUGAUUGAACGCUACCCGAAGCAGCGCACAGAGAUCAUGGGCUUACGAACAGAAUGCCCAAAGUUCAAUUGUCCAAAAGGACGUACCAAUUGCUGCUGCCGGCGCAUGUUGUUCUCGGAGAGGGACUUUGCAGAUGUUCAAUCUCUUGUCGAGGAGGCAUGCUCUGCACAGGGCUGUCCUGUGUACGAUGCGUCAAUUUGUACCACAGGCAAGUAG